GUUGAGUCUUGUAAAGUUGAUAUUUACAAGCGCUCGGAUCGGUUGAUCGUGUAGUUGAUUCCGAGAGCCGUCUCGAACUGGUCACGCUCCAUAAUGGACAGGAUCGGAUUAGCUUGGUGCCUUCUGGUGAUUGGUGUUUUCCAACAAACGUUUGCCGCUUCCCUAAACGAUGCCUGUGUCAACCCCAGGAAACAGGCUGGUGUCUGUAUUGGUCUGAGGCAGUGCAAGGAGUUGUCCGACAUUUGGACCAAGCCGAUUGUGUCCCCGGAAGAGAGUGCGUACGUUCAACAAAGCCAAUGCGGAAAGGAUGCCAACCGAAAAGUACUGGUUUGUUGUGCCGGAGCCAGCAGACCGGCGGAACCGAGUGAACCGACCAAUGUCCUUCCGCGGCCUUUCGACUGCGGACGUGAUUUGUCGGAUCGUAUCUUUGGUGGCCAACCAACUGCUGUGGAUGAAUUCCCCUGGACAGCGCUGUUACACUACCGGAAACCACAGAAUCGGUACGGGCACCAUUGCGGAGGAACACUUAUCAACAAUCGCUACGUGCUGACAGCUGCCCAUUGCAUUAAGGCUGUCCCUGCUACAUGGAAAGUAAUCGGAGUUCGACUUGGGGAAUACAACUUGACCAACGAUGCGCAAGACUGUUACAAAGAUGUUUGUUCCGAUCCUCCGGUCGAUUUUGGAGUCGACAAAAUAAUUAUCCAUGAACAGUACGAUCCGAAGUCCGCCGCCCAAUGGAACGAUAUCGCCCUGAUUCGCUUGGACAGAAACGUCGAAACGUCCGACUUCAUCUCCCCGAUCUGUUUGCCUCUGGAGGACCGAAUCAAGAGCCUGAACCAUGUCGGAACCAAACAGUGGGCUGCCGGCUGGGGACGCACCGAAAAUAAUGAACCAAGUGACGUGAAGUUAAAAGUUCAACUGGAAGUCUCCGAUUGGGAUCGCUGUUCGAAUUUGUACAAACGAGCUCGCGCCGUCCUGCGCAAAACGCAGCUGUGUGCCGGUGGCAAGAAAGAUGAGGAUACCUGUUCAGGAGAUUCCGGUGGACCCCUGAUGAGACAAAUCGGUGCCACUUACUACCAGUUUGGAAUUGUUAGUUUUGGGCCGAAAAAGUGUGGAACCCCGGAUGCUCCCGGAGUGUACACCGAUGUAUCGCAGUUUGUGGAUUGGAUCGAAAGUAAGCUGGAGUGAGGGUGUUUUGAUUGAAUCAUAGAUAAUAAAUUUUCAUGGCUUUGAA